AGUACUUGCAAAAGUUUGUUUUGUUAAAACAGACAAGUUGUAGAAGUAGUAGUAUUCAUUGUAUUUAUUCUGCGUAGUUUGUGUAUUUUUCUUUUAUAUACUUAGUAGUUUGAACGCAUCAGCUUAAGGUUACAUAUUUGUUGCAAAAUACAUUAUGAAUGGCACAAUAUGUCAAUAUUGACAACAUAUAUUUUUAUUUUAUUGUUUAAAUCUGUAGUUUGAAUCCAUGCUAAAGAUGAUUGGAUUCUUUUAGAAUCAAUUUUCUUAGUGUGUUAAAGUCUGGUUACAGUUUUUAUUUAAGUGAUGCUUAUAUGUAUAACAAUAUUGGUCUGUUAUUAAAAACCUUUUAAAGACUAGUUGAAUAAAUUAUAUGUAAGAAAUAUUUACUUACAUGCAUUUAAAACAGAUUCCACAACAAAAGUGGAAGAAAACAGCAGAUUUUCAAAAUCUUAAAAUCCAUUUUCCUUAAUUGUUAAAUGCACCAAUUUUAUAUGUUAUAAUAAGUUCAAAGAAUCCAACUCCUUAUAGAUUUGUUGUUAUAGCGAUAUCAGUUAAGUUUAUUAAUAGUAUCUUAAGUCUUUGUUAUAUUAACAGUUGCAGUAGAUGAUAAUUUUGUUGUUAGCAAUUUAAUUGUUUUGUUAGUUGCAUAGCUUUUAUAAUUUGGUAGUAUUUUUGUGAGAUUCUUCUUGUUAGUUAGUUCAAUGGGAAAGCCAAAGUUGAUAGUGGUAAACAUGUACUUAACACAUAGUAUAAACUCAAUUCUUCUAUAAUGUUGAAAUGUUUUUAGAAUAAUUAAAUAAAAACAAUGUUGGUUUUUUAAGUAGAAAAAUUUAUUUUGAAAUGUCUUGUGUGUGAGUAAAAAACAAUUUUUUUAUGUGUUAUUUGUAAUGUAAAUUUAAAAAUUUUAUCCAGCCUCAUUUGAACAGAGUAUGCAUAUAUUAACAGGAUUUUACAGGCAAGAUGAAUACAGAAAAUGGUUAUGAAGAAGAUGAUGAAAGUUCUGACCCGUAUGGACCUUCCAUCAACACUGACACUAAUCGGAUGCCAAAAUUAUUUGAAGCAAGUUAUCGAACAACUCAACUUGUCUUUGCGAAAAAAAAUGGAAAAAUGGUUACCUGUUUACGUCAACCACGAGAUUUAUACGCACUUUGUAAAUCUGCUGCUCAAGCGAAUCCAAGAUGGCCAAUUGAAUAUCAAUUUCUAAAAUUGAGACCUUUGCACAUACUUUAUACCCCAACACAUGGAGAACCACUUCAAAAAAAAGGUAAAGAAAUUUACCCACCACAUAAAUCAUCAAAUAUUUCUGGAAAGGUUGUAUAUGAUAAUUCACCUGACCCAGAAGUGAAAUAUUUUGUGUCAUCAAAGGCUGAUUGUAAGCUUUCAAAUGUUCAACCUUAUUUCACUCUACAAAACGAGAAUGAUAAAACCUUACUUUUCGAAUCAAGAUUUGAAAGUGGAAAUCUCAUGAGAGCAGUAAAAGUGGGAGAAUAUGACUAUCAGUUAUGGUUGAAGUUUGAUACGUACACAAAGAAACAUACACAGUGGUACUACUUCCAAAUCAAAAACGCAAGACCGAAUAUAACAUAUCGCUUUACUAUUAUGAAUUUCCUGAAAUCAGGUAGUUUGUACAACGAAGGAAUGAAACCUUUGAUGUAUUCAGAAAAAGAUGCAAGAGACAAAAGUGUUGGUUGGAUACGUGUUGGGUCGAAUAUUAAAUAUUAUAAAAAUGAUAUCAAAGUUGAGGAAAACAAAGAGAGGUGUUACUAUUCGCUGCAUUGGACUUGCACUUUCCCAAAUGAAAACGAUACUUAUUAUUUUGCACAUUCCUAUCCAUAUACUUACUCAGAUCUACAAGAGUAUCUUGCUUACCUUGGUAGUGACAGCCAACGUCGUAAAGUAUGUAAACAACGAGUGUUAUGUCAAACUUUAGCUGGUAAUCAUGUUUAUGUGUUAACUAUCACGGAACCGACAAGAUGUCCAAAGCAAGCCAAGUCAAAGAAAGCUAUUGUAAUCACUGCACGUAUUCAUCCAGGUGAAACGAUAGCUAGUUGGUUGAUGAAGGGCUUGCUCGAUUACCUCACUAGUGAUGAACCUGAUGCAAAGAUUUUAAGAGAGACGUUUCUAUUCAAAGUGGUACCGAUGUUGAAUCCAGAUGGAGUCAUUGUUGGUAACUAUAGAUGUUCGUUAUCUGGCCGUGAUUUAAAUCGUAAUUAUAAAACUGUUCUGAAAGAUUCCUUCCCUUCUGUAUGGAGCACUAGAUGUUUGAUUAAAAGGCUGCAGGAAGAGAGAGAGGUUUUGAUGUAUUGCGAUUUUCAUGGACAUAGCAAGAAGAAAAACAUUUUCAUUUACGGAUGUGAUAAAAAACAUGAAAAUGUCAAAUGUUUUUCUACAAGAGUAUUUCCUUUGAUGUUGUCUAAAAAUAUCCCUGAGAAGUUUUCAUUCAAUGAUUGUCGUUUUCGAGUUCAGAAGAGUAAAGAAGGCACUGGUCGUGUUGUGAUGUGGAACAUGGGUAUCAAGUACAGUUACACUAUGGAGGCGUCGUUCUGUGGGAGCUCAUUAGCUGCUAAUAAAGAAUAUCACUUCGGUGUGCAAGAUUAUGAAGACAUGGGUUAUCAUUUCUGUGAUACUUUGCUUGAUUUCUUUGAUCCAGACACAACCAAGUUCAACAACUUGCUAGCAGAGAUUGAGAAACACAUGCGAAAUGUCAUGAUGACAAAAAUGCUGGAGAAAGGAGAUAUUGAUGUAGAUGAUAUCGACUUUGAACAAUUGGAUUAUAUUUCAGACUUUGAAACUGAAACUGGAGGUUCAGACAGUUCUGUUUCGGAUGAAUUACCAAUGCAGAUUUUGCAUGCGUCAAUACCAGAGGUAGUUUCGAAGAAAAAACGUCUGAAGACUCGCAAAGAAAGAAACAAAGCUCGAAAACAGCAACAACGCCGAAAAAGAGUUACUUCUAGUAAGGACACAAAAAGCGAACCAGCGGCAUCUUCAUCACAAGAAAUAUCUCCUACAAAACCAGAGAAAAAGAAGAAUCAAAGGAUAGAUAUGCGCGGUAGAGGAAAGUUGCUGUAUUCUACCAAUAAAAACACCGCGAACUCUCCGGUGAAAUGUGUAACUCCAUCCAGGGUAGGAAAUAGAAACGAAUAUUUAGAUAGUCUUCUAUACACAUAUUCUCAAGCUGGUUUGAUCGAUGGAUCAUUAACCGACUCUUCUUCGUCCUUUCCAUUUGGUAGUGGAUCGUCUUCAUGUGAAAGAUGUAAUCCAUCCUAUUUUUUAUCUUUUGACGCCAGUGAUAGUGAGCCAACUAAGAUGAACAACGAAAAUUACUCUCUGUUCGAAAUUCGUAUGCCGUCAAGACGAACAAAUGUGAAUCGCACAUUAGAACUUGCACGCAGAAUUACUUCUUACAAUUACAGAACUGGUAAAGCUGCACCUAGAAUAAGUAAAACGUUUUCUGUGUGGACCAACGAAAAUUUGAGACGAAACCAACUUCUCGAGAGAAAGACAUUAAACCAAGGAGACAAUGCAAAUUAUUUGCGAAAAAGGUUGGCUAACAUUAAUGGUAACGAAACUGGCAGUGGAUUAUUUAAACUGUCAUACGACUCUGUUGAGAAAGAUUCUCUCGACGCUGAAUCGAAAGUCCUGACCACGUUAAGCACCACGUCAAUUAAUUUUUCACUACAACGUGACGUGUCACCUCAUCAAAAUACUAAGGCGUUCUCACCUUCAGGCAUUCAAAGUAUAAAGAUACCCGAUCGAAAGAGAUACCUGCCCAAACUCAAGAAAAAGAGUGACUUGCUCAUAGUUGACUCACAAACAUCUGAGUUAACUUUGCAGACAAGAAGCUCAGACAGUGCACUACUCCGACACAAAUUUGCCAGUCAAGCUGAAAAACUUUUCUCCAAUGUUUCCAACGAUCCUUAUGUAAAUACAGCACCAAAUAACAGCUCCACGUGUUCGCCGUAUAAAGUUACCGACCAAACAUUAAAAUCGAGUACAUUGAAAGAUCGUUUAAUAUCUCUUGGCGGUGCUGGGAUACUGACACAUUCAGACAUCGAUCUCAAGGUUGGAGACGAGAAUACUUCAGCUAAGGAAGUAACUUUAAGUCCGAUUGUUUCGAAGCAAGUUAUCGAUGAUUCGUCGCGCAUGCGUGUGUCAACACCACAGUAUUUAUUUACUGAGGAUGGACAUGUUAAUAUUCUGAAGCAGAAAGAAGAAACAGUUUUGUAGAUGAUGUUUUUAAAUAAUUUUUAGAAAUCUCCUUAUCGUCUGCCGUAUAUUUGGUCAUGCAAAAGCGAUCUUCCCCAAAAUUACUCUCAACUUCUUCAAACAUCUGUAUUCCAUGACUGCUACUACUACUACGAAAGAUUAAAUAUACACGCUGUUUUCAUAAGCAACAAAAAUUUUAAUUGUUGCUUUGUUGACUAUUUUCUUGGGAAGAUCAUAUUUUCAUUUUUAUAAAUCGUUUCUUGUAAAAAUCAUGUGUUAGUUACUUCGACGUGGUUUUAAAUAAUAGCCAAUAGUUUUUAAAUUAUUUCUAGCGUUUGUGCAAGUGUGUUUAUUUCACAAAAAAGUGUUAUUUAAAUGAACAUUAAACAUUGUACAAUAUUUGUUAUUUUUUUACAAUUUACAAAAUUGUGCACUUUC